AUGAAGUUCUCGCAUAGCCUCCAGUUCAACGCGGUACCCGACUGGGCCGACAAGUACAUCGCCUACUCGAAUCUCAAAAAGGCCAUCUACAUGAUGGAAAAGGAGCUUCCAUCGGUCCCCAACGCUCCUUAUUCUGACGUCGAGAAUGAAUCCUCGGGUCUGCUACAGAACGCCGAUACCAGCGAAACUGACCGUGCAUUUGUACCGCUUCUCGACAAGGAGCUCAACAAGAUUGUCGAAUUCUACCUCGAAAAAGACACCGAAUUGCGAGCCGACCUUCAACAGCUCAAAGAUGAUCUCGAAAGGACCGAGAACGAGGACUUUGAGGACAAUUCCGACUAUGGCAUGAGCGACGAUGACGACGAUGACGACGCCCUGGAUACCGUCCGAACCGCCAAGGCCAGCACCACUCGACGCCCCAGCAUCGACGAUGUUUUCACACAUCCGAGCAAGUACAACGAAGCUUCUCGUCAGGAGCAACGCAUGCGCGAAGGCUCGGCUCCUUCGCGCUCGCGCAAGGACAGCCGUGCUACCACCGACGACGGCCAUCCACCCACUCGACCGUCCAACAACAGGAACCGGUCCAGUCAGCUCCUCGACCAAUCCACUGACUCGGUUGAAAUCGGCGCUGACACUUGUGACUUGGCAAAAAGAGCGCGCAGCAGCUCUAACGCCAGUCAGACCGGCUCCAAGGCUCGCUGGGGAAGCAUCUUUGGCAAAAAACCCGUCCGACGUCGCUCCCUUGGCCUCGCGCGAGCUGGCGAUGACUCGGCUAGCAACGCUCAAGACCGCCUCGCUCCUGGCUCUAGCGAUGCAGGCGAUAGUAGCUACGCCGGCGGCGAUGCCAAAUCCAUGUCCAUCUGGACCGCCGAUAACGACUAUGCGAUCGACAUGCGCAUCACCUUUAAAAAGCGCAUCACGGACCUUUUUGUCGCCAUGUCCGAACUCAAGCAAUUCGUCCAGCUCAACGAGACGGGCAUGCGCAAGAUUCUCAAAAAGUACGACAAGAUUACCAAAUCCGACCUCAAGGAUCGUUACAUGAACGACAGCUUGCGCACCCAACAGCCCUUCACCGCCGAGACCAAACGCAGCCUAGAUGAAUGCAUCGAUACGCUUAUCCAGCUGUACGCCAAAGUGGUGACUGGAGGCGAUUUUGCGGCAGCUAGCAGCUCUCUGAAAACGCAUCUGCGCGAACAGGUGGUUUGGCAGAGAAACACCGUAUGGAGGGAGAUGAUUGGUAUCGAGAGGAGAGCCCAAGGUGCUGCGCUCGAGAGGAGCGUCAUGGGCUCCAGCAAGAGGAACAACUUUCAAGUCAAGAAACCGCUCAGGCUGCGUACGCCGUGCGGAAGCUUGACCGUGCCCAGCUGGUUGAGCGUGAGUACGGUACAUCUCGUCAUCGCCUUCACCGCGCUCGUUGCGCUGCUCAAGGCUCCUGGCCUGCGAUUCUUCCACCGUGUCGAAGAGCAGAACUGCUUGGCGAUGCUCGUGUUCUGCACCAUCCUUUGGGCUACCGAGGUGAUCCCGCUGUUUGUGACAUCCCUCAUGGUGCCUCUGCUCGUUGUGACUCUUCGUGUCGCGCGUACGGAUGACGUCAAGGACCGCCGAAUGACGGCGCCCGAAACGACAAAGUGGAUCUUCUCGCAGAUGUUUGCGCCCAACAUGUGUCUCCUGCUCGGUGGAUUCACUUUGGCCGCUGCGCUCUCCAAAUACGGAAUCGACAAGAUCCUCGCCACCAAGAUUCUGCGUCUCGCGGGGACACGGCCAAGCGUGGUGCUGCUAGCCCACAUGGGUGUCGCCUGCUUUGCCAGCAUGUGGAUCAGCAACGUGGCUGCGCCUGUGCUCAUGUAUUCACUCAUCCAGCCCAUCCUGCGCACGCUUCCGUCGAAAUCGCCGUACGCUUCGAGCCUGAUCAUGGGCAUUGCGCUCGCCUCAAACAUCGGUGGCCAGACGUCGCCCAUCGCUUCGCCGCAAAACUUGAUUGCGCUGCAGUACAUGAAGCAGCCGGUCGGAUGGUUGCAGUGGUUUGCGGUCACGAUCCCCGUGUCUGGUCUCUCGCUCGUUGUGAUCUGGUUGAUCCUGCUCUGGUCGUACGGUGCUGGAAACGGUACGGUGAUCAAGAAGUUGGGCGAAUCGCGAGACUCGUUCACCAAGAUCCAGUGGUUCAUCUCGGCGGUUGCCAUGUCGACGAUCGCGCUGUGGUGUUUGGAGAAGAACUUUGAAUCGAUCGUUGGAGACAUGGGCAUUAUCGCUAUCAUCCCCAUGGUUCUGUUCUUUGGGACGGGCAUUCUCACCAAGGAGGACUUUAACACGUUUCUGUGGACCGUCGUCUUCCUGGCGAUGGGCGGCAUAGCACUCGGCAAAGCCGUCACGUCGUCUGGACUGCUGGAAUCACUCGACGAUCUAAUUCAGGAGAUCGUCAAAGAGCUGCCCCUGUGGCAGAUCCUUGUGGCGCUGCUCUCGAUCGGGCUCGUGGUGGCCACGUUUAUCAGCCACACGAUCGCAGCCGUCUUGCUCGUGCCCAUUGCAGCACAGGUCGGAGAGAGCCUCGAACAUCCGCAUCCGAGACUGUUGAUCAUGGCCACCACACUUGUUGCCAGUGCCGCCAUGGGCUUGCCCGUUAGUGGCUAUCCGAACCAGAUCGCCGUUUCCAUGGAAGACGACCUCGGCGACCGAUACGUCUCGGUCAAGGACUUUUUAAAGGUCGGCAUUUUUGCUAGCGUCGUCGCUACCCUCAUCGUCGGUACGAUCGGCGUCGUGAUCAUGUAUGCGCUCCAGUUUUGA